UACAUGUGCUCCGAGUGCGGGAAAAGCUUCAGUCAGAGCUCUACCCUUAUCACACAUCGGAGAAUCCACACAGGUGAGAAACCUUAUGGAUGUCUGGAGUGUGGAAAAACCUUCUCUCACAGCUCAGCCCUUUCUGUACAUCAGAGAAUCCACACAGGGGACAGGCCCUAUGAAUGCACUGAGUGUGGGAAAACCUUCAAUCGCAGUUCGCACCUUAUUAGUCAUCAAACAAUCCACAGAGGAGAGAGGCCCUAUGAAUGCCAUGAGUGUGGGAAAUGCUUCACUAGCAGCUCAAACCUUUCUCAACAUCAGAGAAUCCACACAGGGGAGAGGCCCUUUGACUGCAGUGAGUGUGGGAAAAGCUUCACUAGCAGCUCAGACCUUGCUCAACAUCAGAGAAUCCACACAGGGGAGAGGACCUUUGAAUGCCGUGAGUGUGGGAAAUGCUUCACUAGCAGCUCAAACCUUUCUCAACAUCAGAGAAUCCACACGGGGGAGAGGCCCUUUGAAUGCCGUGAGUGUGGGAAAAGCUUCACUCAAAGAUCAGUCCUUUCUAGACAUCAGAGAAUCCACACAGGGGACAGGCCCUAUGAAUGCACUGAGUGCGGAAAACCUUCAAUCGCAUAUAGUGACCUUUCUGUUCAUCUGAGAAUCCACACAGGGGAGAGGCCCUACAAAUGCCCUGAGUGUGGGAAAACCUUCAAUCGCAGGUUGCACCUUAUUAGGCAUAAAACAAUCCACAGAGGAGAGAGGCCCUAUGAAUGCAGUGUUUGUGGAAAAUGCUUCACUAGCAGCUCAGCCCUUUCUCAACAUCAGAGAAUCCACACAGGGGAGAGGCCCUAUGAAUGCCAUGAGUGUGGGAAAACCUUCACUUAUAGAUCAGCCCUUUCUGAUCAUGAGAUAAUCCACACAGGGGACAGGCCCUAUGAAUGCAGAGAGUGUGGGAAAAGCUUCACUCAAAGAUCAGCCCUUUCUGUUCAUCAGAGAAUCCACACGGGGGAAAGGCCCCAUGAAUGCCGUGAGUGUGGGAAAAGCUUCACUUACAGCUCAGCCCUUUAUGUUCAUCAGAGAAUCCACACAGAUGAGAGGCCCUAUGAAUGCAGUGAGUGCGGGAAAAGCUUCACUCACAGCUCAGCCCUUUCUAGACAUCAGAGGAUCCACACAGGGGAAAGACCCUACGAAUGCCAUGAGUGUGGGAAAACCUUCAGUCGCAGCUCGCACCUUAUUAGUCAUCAAACAAUCCACAGAGGGGAAAGACCCUACGAAUGCAGUGAGUGCGGGAAAACCUUCAAUCGAAGCUCGCACCUUAUUAGCCAUCAAAGAAUUCACACGGGGGAGAGGCCGUAUAAAUGCUGUGAGUGUGGAAAAUGCUUCACUAAGAGUUCAGCCCUUUCUCAGCAUCAGAGAAUCCACACAGGGGAGAGGCCCUAUGUAUGCCAUGAGUGUGGGAAAACC